CUGAAGAUGUUGGAACCAGCCUCUACUUUGUGAACGACUCUAUCCAGCAGGUCACCUUCUCCAGCACAGUGGGGGUGGUGAUCCCCUGCCCGGCAGCAGGGUCACCCAGCGCCGUCCUUCGGUGGUACCUGGCCACAGGCGACGACAUCUACGAUGUGCCCCACAUCCGGCAUGUCCACGCUAACGGGACUUUGCAGCUCUACCCCUUCUCGCCAUCAGCCUUCAAUAGCUUUAUCCACGACAACGACUACUUCUGCACCGCGGAGAACUCGGCUGGCAAAAUCAGGAGCCCGAAUAUCCGUGUUAAAGCAGUUUUCAGGGAACCGUACACUGUUCGGGUGGAGGACCAAAGGUCGAUGCGUGGAAACGUGGCUGUUUUCAAGUGCCUCAUCCCCUCUUCAGUGCAGGAAUACGUUAGUGUUGUGUCCUGGGAGAAGGACACCGUUUCUAUCAUCCCAGAAAAUAGGUUUUUUAUUACUUCUUACGGAGGUUUGUACAUAUCGGACGUGCAGAAGGAAGAUGCCUUGUCCACCUACAGGUGUAUCACCAAGCACAAGUACAGCGGGGAGACGCGGCAGAGCAACGGAGCCAGGCUCUCGGUCUCAGACCCGGCAGAGUCCAUCCCCACGAUGCUAGACAGUUUCCAGUCCCGGGAGGUGAAGGCGGGCCGGCUGGUGGAGCUGCCCUGCAUCGCCUCGGGCUACCCCAACCCGGCCGUCCGGUGGAUCAAGGACGGGCGGCCGCUCCCCGCCGACAGCCGCUGGACCAAGCGCAUCACGGGCCUGACCAUCAACGACCUGCGCGUGGAGGACAGCGGGACCUACAUCUGCGAGGUGACCAACACCUUCGGGUCCGCAGAGGUCACGGGGACCCUCACAGUCAUAGACCCUCUGCGUGUGACCCUCACACCAAAGAAGCUCAAAACGGGCAUCGGCAGCACCGUCAUCCUCUCUUGUGCCCUCAGCGGGUCCCCCGAGUACAUCAUCCGCUGGUACCGCAACACGGACCUCGUGGUGGUGGAUGACUACAUCUCCAUCCGGGGGAUCAGCAACGAGACCCUCCUCAUCACGGCCGCACAGAAGAGCCACUCCGGGGCCUACCAGUGCUUUGCUACCCGCAAGUCCCAGACGGCACAGGACUUCUCCAUCAUCAUGCUGGAGGAUGGGACCCCCCGCAUCGUCUCCUCCUUCAGCGAGAAGGUGGUCAACCCCGGGGAGCAGUUCUCCCUGAUGUGUGCCGCCAAGGGGGCCCCCCCGCCAACCGUCACCUGGGCGCUGGACGACGAGCCCAUCCCGCGGGACAGCGGGCACCGCACCAACCAGUACACCAUGUCGGACGGCACCACGGUCAGCCACAUGAACGUGACGAGCCCGCAGAUCAAGGACGGCGGCGUGUACCGGUGCACCGCGCGGAACUCGGUGGGCAGCGCCGAAUACCAAGCGCGAAUAAACGUAAGAGGUCCCCCGAGCAUCCGAGCGAUGAAGAACAUAACAGCGGUAGCGGGUAGGGACACUUUCAUCAACUGCAGGGUGAUCGGGUACCCGUACUACUCCAUCAAGUGGUACAAGGACUCUUUGCUGCUGCCCGAUAACCACCGCCAAGUGGUCUUUGAGAACGGGACUCUUAAGCUGAUGGACGUCCAGAAAGGCAUGGAUGAAGGGGAGUAUCUGUGCAGCGUGCUGAUCCAGCCCCAGCUCUCCAUCAGCCAGAGCGUCCACGUCACGGUGAAAGUCCCUCCACUGAUCCAGCCCUUCGAGUUCCCGCCAGCCUCCAUCGGGCAGCUCCUCUACAUCCCCUGCGUGGUCUCCUCCGGGGACAUGCCCAUCCACAUCACCUGGAGGAAGGACGGGCACGUCAUCCUGUCUGGCUCUGGAGUCACCAUCGAGAGCAAGGAGUUCAUGAGCUCCCUGCAGAUCUCCAGCGUCUCCCUCAAGCACAACGGCAACUACACCUGCAUCGCCAGCAACGACGCCGCCACGGUCAGCCGGGAGCGGCAGCUCAUCGUGCGGGUGCCUCCUCGUUUUGUGGUCCAACCCAACAACCAAGAUGGCAUUUAUGGUAAAGCUGGGGUGCUGAAUUGCUCCGUGGACGGGUACCCCCCUCCGAAAGUCAUGUGGAAACACGCAAAAGGAAGCGGCAACCCCCAGCAGUACCACCCCAUACCCCUCACGGGCCGCAUCCAGAUCCUGCCCAACAGCUCCCUGCUCAUCCGCCACGUGCUGGAGGAGGACAUUGGCUACUACCUCUGCCAGGCCAGCAACGGGGUGGGCACAGACAUCAGCAAGUCCAUGUUUCUCACCGUGAAGAUCCCGGCCAUGAUCACUUCCCACCCCAACACCACGAUCGCCAUCAAGGGCCAGACCAAGGAACUGAACUGCACCGCCCGGGGCGAGCGGCCCAUCAUCAUCCGCUGGGAGAAGGGUGACACCGUCAUCGAUCCCGACCGCAACAUGCGCUACGCCAUCACCACCAAGGACAACGGCGACGAGGUCAUCUCCACCCUCAAGCUGAAACCAGCCGACCGCGGGGACUCGGUCUUCUUCUCCUGUCACGCCAUCAACUCCUAUGGCGAGGACAGAGGCUUGAUCCAGCUCACCGUCCAAGAGCCCCCAGACCCACCGGAGCUGGAGAUCCGCGAGGUGAAAGCCCGGAGCAUGAAUUUGCGGUGGACGCAGCGGUUUGACGGCAACAGCAUCAUCACCGGCUUCGAUAUCGAGUACAAGAACAAGUCGGAUUCCUGGGAUUUUAAGCAGUCUACACGCAACAUCUCCCCGACCAUCAACCAGGCAAACAUCGUAGACCUCCACCCAGCCUCCGUGUACAGCAUCCGCAUGUACUCCUUCAACAAGAUCGGGCGCAGCGAGCCGAGCAAGGAGCUCACCAUCAGCACGGAGGAAGCAGCUCCCGAUGGGCCUCCGAUGGAUGUCACCUUGCAGCCGAUGACGUCCCAGAGCAUCCAGGUCACCUGGAAGGCCCCGAAGAAGGAGCUGCAGAACGGGGUGAUCCGUGGCUACCAGAUCGGGUACCGGGAGAACAGCCCGGGCAGCAACGGGCAGUACAGCAUCGUGGAGAUGAAAGCCACGGGGGACAGCGAGGUCUACACGCUGGACAACCUGAAGAAGUUUGCCCAGUACGGGGUGGUGGUGCAGGCAUUCAAUCGCGCGGGGACGGGGCCGUCAUCCAGCGAGAUCAACGCCACCACGCUGGAGGACGUUCCCAGCCAGCCCCCCGAGAACGUGCGGGCCAUCUCCAUCACGUCGGACGUGGCUGUGAUCUCCUGGUCGGAGCCCCCGCGCAGCACCCUCAACGGGGUGCUCAAGGGAUACCGUGUCAUCUUCUGGUCCCUCUACAUGGAUGGAGAGUGGGGCGAGAUGCAGAACAUCACGACCACGCGGGAGCGAGUGGAGCUGCGGGGCAUGGAGAAGUUCACCAACUACAGCGUGCAGGUGCUGGCGUACACCCAGGCCGGCGACGGCGUCCGCAGCAGCGUGCUCUACAUCCAGACCAAGGAGGACAUUCCAGGUCCCCCGGCUGGCAUCAAGGCCGUCCCCUCUUCCGCCAGCAGCGUGGUGGUGUCCUGGCUGCCGCCGGCCAAGCCCAACGGCAUCAUUCGGAAGUACACCAUCUUCUGCUCCAGCCCCGGCUCGGGGCAGCCGGCCCCCAGCGAGUACGAGACCAGCCCCGACCAGCUCUUCUACCGCAUUGCCCACCUGAACCGCGGGCAGCAGUACAUGCUGUGGGUGGCCGCCGUCACCUCUGCCGGCCGCGGCAACAUCAGCGAGAAAGUCACCAUCGAGCCUGCUGGGAAAGCCCCCGCCAAGAUCAUCUCCUUUGGAGGCACCGUCACCACCCCGUGGAUGAAGGACGUGAGGCUGCCGUGCAACUCUGUGGGGGAGCCGGUCCCCGCCAUCAAGUGGACCAAGGACAGCGAGGACUCUGCCAUCCCUGUGACGGUGGAUGGCCAUCGCCUGAUCCAGGCCAACGGCACGCUGGUGCUGCCCUCGGUGAAAGCGGAGGACUCCGGCUACUACACCUGCACCGCUACCAACACCUGGGGCUUCGACACCAUCAUCAUCAACCUCCUGGUGCAAGUGCCCCCGGACCAGCCCCGCCUGACCGUCUCCAAGACCUCGGCAUCGUCCAUCACGCUGGCGUGGAUUCCUGGGGACAACGGGGGCAGCUCCAUCCGAGGCUUCGUGCUCCAGUACUCGGUGGACAACAGCGAGGAGUGGAAGGACGUGUUCAUCAGCUCCUCCGAGCGCUCCUUCAAGCUGGAGAGCCUCAAGUGCGGCACCUGGUACAAGGUGAAGCUGGCGGCCAAGAACAGCGUGGGGGCUGGCCGCAUCAGCGAGAUCAUCGAAGCCAAGACCCACGGCAGAGAGCCCUCCUUCAGCAAGGACCAGCACCUCUUCACCCACAUCAACUCCACGCACGCCAGGCUCAACCUGCAGGGCUGGAGCAGUGGGGGCUGCCCCAUCACCGCCAUCGUCCUGGAGUACCGGCCCAAGGGCAACUGGGUCUGGCAGAGCCUCCGCACCAACAGCUCCAGCGAGGUCUUCCUGACCGAGCUGCGCGAGGCCACGUGGUACGAGCUCCGCAUGAAGGCCUGCAACAGCGCCGGCUGCGGCAACGAGACCGCGCAGUUCGCCACGCUGGACUAUGACGGCAGCACCAUCCCCCCCAUCAAGUCUGCCCAAGGGGAGGGCGACGACGUGAAGAAGCUCUUCACCAUCGCCUGCCCCGUGAUCCUGGCCACGCUGGGGGUGGCCCUGCUCUUCAUCAUCCGCAAGAAGAGGAAGGAGAAGCGCCUGAAGAGGCUUCGAGAUGCCAAGAGUUUGGCUGAAAUGCUGAUCAGCAAGAAUAACCGCAGCUUUGACACGCCGGUGAAGGGCCCCCCGCAGGGCCCCCGACUGCACAUAGACAUCCCUCGCGUCCAGCUCCUCAUCGAGGACAAGGAAGGCAUCAAACAGCUGGGGGACGACAAAGCCACGAUCCCGGUGACUGACACGGAGUUCAGUCAGGCGGUGAACCCCCAGAGCUUUUGCACGGGUGUCUCGCUGCAUCACCCCGCUCUGAUCCAGAACACGGGGCCCCUCAUCGACAUGUCGGACAUCCGCCCCGGCACCAACCCCGUGUCGAGGAAGAGCGUGAAGUCUGCACACAGCACCCGCAACCGGUACUCCAGCCAGUGGACCCUCACCAAGUGCCAGGCAUCCACCCCUGCACGGACCCUCACCUCCGACUGGAGGACAGUGGGCUCCCAGCACGGCAUCACGGUCACGGAGAGUGACAGCUACAGCGCCAGCCUCUCUCAGGACACAGACAAGGGGCGGAACAGCAUGGUGUCAACGGAGAGCGCCUCGUCCACCUACGAGGAGCUGGCACGCGCCUACGAGCACGCGAAGCUGGAGGAGCAGCUGCAACACGCCAAGUUUGAGAUCACGGAGUGCUUCAUCUCAGACAGCUCCUCAGACCAGAUGACCACCGGCACCACCGACAACGCCGACAGCAUGACCUCCAUGAGCACCCCCUCAGAGCCCGGCAUCUGUCGCUUCACGGCCUCCCCCCCCAAACCCCAGGACAGCGAGCGGGGCAAGAGCGUGGCCGUACCCAUCCCGCACCGUGCCAGCAAGAGCGACUACUGCAACCUCCCGCUCUACGUCAAGUCCGAGGCCUUCUUCCGCAAGCCCGACGCCCACGAGCCCUGCCCCGUGGUGCCGCCGCGGGAAGCCUCCAUCCGAAACCUCGCCCGGGCGUACCACGCGCAAGCCCGGCACAUGACGCUGGAGCCCGGCAGCAAGCCCCUGGGCCUGCCUCCCCCGGCCUCCGCCGCAACCACCUUACCUCAACGGACUCUCCCCAUGCCCGGCGCAGCGAGCGCCGCCGCCGCGCCCGCCGCCGCCGCCCCGGCACCCCCCGCCGCCGAGCCCCCCGCCGCCGCCGCCGCCGCCGCCGAGGUGCGGGUGCCCACGCACUCCAAAGUGGGGGGCUCCAGGGACUCGCUCCUAGAAAUGAGCACAUCGGGUGUAGGCAGGUCUCAAAAACAGGGGGCUGGAGCCUACUCCAAGUCCUACACGCUGGUGUAGGGCCCCAACCCAGGCCGCCCACGACGGACGCUGCUCGUUUCCCCGCACCGUUUAUAUUUAAUUAACAAACUUGUACAUAACGAACUCUUUUGUAUAAAUGAAGCUAUUUUCUUCUUCUCCGAACACAAAAAGAAACCAGGGCACAAAGAAUUUGAUGUUACAGAUUUAAAAAUAUAAUAUAUAUGUAAACAUAUAUAUAUAUUUCACAUCAUUUUGAAAGGGGCACAAGGAAAGACUCAGCGACUUUUUUUUUUUUUUUCUUCUUCCCUGAUCUUGUCGGUGGUUUUAAAAAGGAACGUCUCAAAGACAUUGCAUGCUAUUUUACUGUUCAGAAAACAACAGGAGUUGCUUCAAUUUGCAAAUGCUUAUGUGUUAAUACCUUUUUCUAUGAAAAAAAACCCAGCGCUGUGUGCAAUAAAGGUUAUGUUUGUA